AUGACUUCACUGUGUUCAGGGGUGUUUCGGGAGCUGUUCCUGGUAUCAGCAGCUGUUCACUCAAUGGUAGGACUGGUAACAUCCAGCAGGAAACAAAGUGAAGUUCAGACAACAGAGAAGGAGACGGAGCGUUCUUCUACUAUCAGGAACAUUGGCAUCAAACUCUGCCAAGUACCCGCUGGUCCCUGCACAGACAUGUCUUGCAGUCUCGGUUCUAGGUGUAUAGAGAGUCGAUCUGGUAAAGCUGUCUGUGUAAAAGAUAGGGAGAAGUUCUAUCCUUCGAGCUCUCAACAGCAGAAACGAGAUCAGAAGAGAAAAUCUGGAGACAACAUACUCCAUGAAGCCUGCAGGGAGGGUGAUGUUAGCCGAGUGCAAUACAUCUUAACUGAAGGUCAUGUUGACCUCAACAGUAGAGAGAAGGAGCACGGGAUGACACCAUUGAUGUUGGCAGCACGUUGGGGAGAAACAGAGGUGUUUGACUUAGUCAUGAGUAAAGGAGGCAAUGCUUCACUUGUGGAUAUAAAUGGUGAUAACAUCCUACAUUUGGCCUGUCUUGGAGGACAUGUGGAGAUGGUGAGGUACAUCGCCUCACAGAAGAUUGUGGACAUCAACAGUAGAGGAGUAUACGGGAGGACACCACUGAUGUUUGCAGCAAUUAAGGGUCAUAGAGGCGUGUUUGACUUAGUCGUGAGUACUGGAGGCAAUGCUUCACUUGUGGAUACAAAUGGUGAUAACAUCCUACAUUUGGCCUGUCUUGGAGGACAUGUGGAGAUGGUGAAGUACAUCCUCUCACAGAAGAUAGUGGACAUCAACUGUAGAGGAAUGGUUGGGAGGACACCAUUGAUGAUGGCCGCAGGGAUGGGACAUAAAAGAGUGUUUGACUUGCUUGUUAGUAAAGGAGGUGAUGUGUCUGCAGUUGAUGUUAAUGGUGGCACGAUCCUGCACAUGCCCUGUUUCAGUGGCCACAUUGAAAUGGUGAAGCAUAUUCUUUCUCAAGAUAUUGUAGAUAUUCACGCCAAGGACAAGGAUGGGGAUACGGCAGCGAUGAUAGCAAAACGUGGAAAGCACAUGAAAGUGUACGACCUCAUUAUUUCGCAGGGCUGA